UGCCGCGGAUCAGGAAGACGCGGCUCCCCGCGGCCUCGACCCGGCAGCCGGAGCCGUGCUGUUCCCUCGGGACAUCCAGUGGCCCAGAGCGAGGGACCUCCGUCCCCGGUUCUCUUCGCGGUCCUGGGACGCGCACGUGCGCAGAGGCACUCAUGCUCCUUAAGCAUGUGGGCAUCCCCGCCUGCUCCCAGCGGCUGCUCGCACCCUUCUGCACCGAAGGAGCUGGCCCUUUGACUUCCGGAAAACAAAACCCAGAGCGGAUGCUGCAAGCUGGGCUGAGAUCUGAGUCUCUCUUCCCCACGCAUGGCCACGGGAAGAGCAUCCAGCUGCGUCAGGCCGUUCGGUGCAGCGUGGCGGCAUGAUCUGGGUGGCCACCCAGCAGCCUGUGCGCAGCCCACAAGCAGGUCCUCGGGCAGCCAUGCCAGGUUCGCUUGCUUCCUCCGGGCUCCCAGCAGCCUGGCCAAGCCCCCGCCGGCUGUGCUGCUGCUCCUGCCCCGCAGGCGUCUCCCCCUGGGCCGGGUGGCAGCCCUGUGGGCAGGCCCAGCCCUAGCCGGCCUGGGGGCCCACUUCUCCCGCAGAGUCUUCUGCCAGGAGGCACAAGGGCCGGAAGUGGUUUGCGUCCCUCCGCCAGCGGAGAAGGAGCCAGAGUUCGACUGGGCCCUGCUCUGGAGGUUCCUGCGUCCGGAGCUGCUGGCUCUGACUGCGGCUGUCCUGUCUGCGCUGGGAGCUGCUCUCCUCAACGUUCAGAUCCCGCUGCUCCUGGGCCAGAUGGUGAACGUGGUGGCCCAGCACAUGCGCGUGGGGGAUUACCUGCGUGCGGUGCGCGAGCCAGCCCUGCGCCUGCUGAGCAUCUACGGCCUGCAGGGCUUCCUGACCUUCGGGUACCUGCUGCUGCUCUCGCGGAUCGGGGAGAAGGUGGCCAACAACAUGCGCACGCAGCUGUUUGCGUCCUUGCUCAGGCGGGAAGUGUCCUUCUUCGAUGCCACUCAGACGGGGCAGUUGGUAAAUCGCCUGACGGCCGACGUCCAGGAGUUCAAGUCCUCCUUUAAGCUGGUCAUCUCUCAGGGCCUGCGCAGCCUCACGCAGACGGUGGGCUGCUUCGUGUCCCUCUACAUCAUCUCGCCCAAGCUGACCGGGCUGCUGGUGGUGGUGAUGCCGUUCCUGGUCGGAAUCGGGGCCUUCAUCGGCUCCUCCCUGCGCAAGCUUUCACGCAGAGCCCAAGAACAGGUGGCCAAGGCCACGGCCGUGGCAGACGAGGCUCUGGGCAACGUCCGGACGGUGCGGGCCUUCGCCAUGGAGAGCAAGGAGAUGGAGCGAUAUUCAGCCGAGGUCGAUCACUCGAGCCGCCUCAACAUGAGCCUGGGGCUGGGCAUCGCCUUCUUCCAGGGACUCUCCAACGUGGCCCUGAACUGCGUCGUGCUGGGCACCAUCUUUGUCGGCGGCUCCCUCAUGGCCGGGUCAGAGAUGACUCCCGGAGGCCUGAUGUCCUUCCUGGUCUCCUCGCAGACAGUGCAGAGGUCAAUGGCCAGCAUCUCCAUCCUGUUCGGGCAGGUGCUGCGGGGCAUGAGUGCCGGGGCCCGCGUCUUUGAGUUCAUGGCCCUGCUCCCGGAGACCCCCGUGUGCGAGAGGGAGCAGCUUGCGUGCAGCUUGCUGAGCGGGCGCGUCGAGUUCCAAGGCGUCUGCUUCAGUUACCCCACGCGGCCCGGCUGCCCAGUGCUGCGAGACUUCAGCCUCGCCAUCCCCGCGAACAAGACGGUGGCCAUCGUGGGACCGUCCGGCGGAGGCAAGUCCACGGUGGCAGCCCUCCUGGAGCGGUUCUACGAGCCGACCGAAGGGGCCAUCCUCCUGGACGGGCGCGACAUUUGCACUCUCGACCCCACUUGGCUCCGUGGGGAGAUCAUCGGCUUCAUCAACCAGGAACCGGUGCUGUUCAGCACGAGCAUCAUGGAGAACAUCCGCUUCGGCAAGCCGUGUGCCACCGACGCCGAGAUCUAUGCCGCCGCUCGCCUCGCCAACGCGGACGAGUUUAUUCGGAGCUUUCCCAAUGGCUACAACACCGUUGUGGGUGAGCGCGGGGUGACCUUGUCUGGCGGGCAGAAGCAGCGCGUGGCCAUCGCCCGGGCGCUCAUCAAGAACCCCAAGGUGCUGAUCCUGGACGAGGCCACAAGCGCCCUGGACGCGGAGUCGGAGCACGUGGUGCAGCAGGCGCUGGACAGGGCGGUGGCCGGCCGCACCGUGCUGGUCAUCGCCCACCGUCUCAGCACAGUGCAGGGUGCCGACCUCAUCGUGGUGCUCGCCAGGGGCCGUGUGGCGGAGGCCGGAACACACGCCGAGCUGAUGCGGAAGGGCGGCCUCUACGCGGAGCUGAUCCGACGCCAGACCAGAGACGCUGCCUGACGGGGCAGGCCAGCCGCCGAGGAGCCCCCGGGUGGUUCGUGGAGCAGGGCGAGGCCCGGAGCGGCUGCCGGGCGCCCCCGUUUGUUCUCCAGACCCCAGCAGAGCGUCGCCUGUUUACCCCGAGUUGUCGAAUACAGCAUGUCGUGUUUGGA